AUGAGCUCGACGCCUUCAAUUCUCGUUUAUGACUUCAACCAUUCAACCUACGAUCGUCGUCGACUGUCUGCUUCCUCCAGGUCUGCAGCGCGCAAUCUUCCUUUCCGGUCCCUUUCUACAUCGCCUGGCCCAAUGGCCAUCCCCAAUGCGAUGGAGCCUGUGGUACCGCCACCACUACCGCCACCUCGGUACAUAGAAGAUCUUGCAAUUGGGCACGAUUCUGGUUGGAAAUGGGGUAAUAGUGUCGAGGAAGGAGAGUUCGGGAAACCUACUCUGCCUCCCAUAAAACCGUCGUCAAGCCUUGUAGGUGGUGGUCACACUCGCCCAGAGCUGGUCCGUCGAACUGAGAGAGUUACCUUGGAUAAAGAGAUCAAGAGGAGCAACAUGAUGUCAACUGCCAAAAUCUCUCCAGUGUUAAAAAACAGAACGUCCUUUUGGACAUUGGGGGAUUCAACUUUCCCCAGUUCAUCAAAUCCUAGCCUACCCAGUCCGUGUUUGCAAGGGGAAAAACCGCUGUCCGAAAAAAGCGUAGAACGGUCCUCCAAUGCUUAUGAUCAACACCUGUUAUCUAAAAUAGGAAAACCGAGCUCCCCCCCUCGCCUGCCUUCCAGUCUCGGAGGCCUCGGUCAGAGAGAGUUCACGACACUCCCGUUCCACUCAAAAAACCGAAAGGGUCUUUCAAGCUUGUCAAUUGGUGAUGGAUCUUUGAGUCCUCGUGAUCCAGCAUCGCGCUGGACAAGCGGACCUCAAUCUGCUGGAAUAUCGCCUGGGACACGACCAGGGUGGGCGGAUUAUGUGAGCUAUCGUAGCCCAAGUGUUGAUAGCCCACCUCAUCAGCCGGAUUUCGAUCACUUUCGAGAUAGGAAUCUCUCGCCUGGAACGCACCAUACGAAUGAUGAUUCAACCAGCAUGUAUAGUCGAUCAAACAGGGGUAGUUAUGACCAGAACGUUUUUCCUGAUUCAGAUAUCGAUUUUCCAAUGGAUGAGACAACACAACAUAGGCAGCUAAGCGUUGAUGAUCGAGGGUCAUCCCAGCUGGGAAGCAUGUCUCCGUUGUCUAGGCAGGGUAUGAAACGAAGAGCCUCAUCUCCACCACGAGGAGCCGUUUCAGACGAAUUGCACGCUCUUCACACAACCACCAGCAAUGGCGAUCUGGAACAACGGAGGACAUCUGGGUUUCCUUUCAGUGGUUGUGUAUCACCUGGUGCCCGGUACCAGCCGAGUCAUGGCUCUAUUUCUUCAGUGUCCUCAACAAGUCUCCGAACUGGUUCCUAUGCAUCGUCCACAGGACUCUCUGUUGCGGCUAGCAGCUUGACUAGCUUGUCUUCCUUCGAUCGCCAUUCGCCGGGAGGAAUCUCUCCCACGUCAGAACUUGAAUCCUCUUAUGAAAAAGCCUUUGUGAGCCUGGGUGUACGUAAAUCGCUCUCAGGUCUUACAUCUUCACGAACCCCUCAUCACCGCGAUCAAGUCGAAGUGAAAAGUGCUCCGCCCAUUCGCAACAUGUCACUCCCGAAUAACCUGAGUGUAUCCAAAACCGCUCCACCUCGGAUAAAUCGUCUUCACAUCUGCGAAUGCUGUCCAAAGAAACCGAAGAAGUUCGAGACCUCGGAGGAAUUACUGGCUCAUGAAAUGGAGAAACAAUAUACCUGCCAGUUUUGCAACAAGCGCUUCAAAAACAAAAAUGAGGCUGAGCGACAUCAGAAUUCCCUUCACCUGCGACGACAUUCAUGGUCCUGCGCCGCAUUGUCCGGUGUAGAAGCCGCUUUCCACCCAUCUGCUUCUCCAACUUGCCAAUCCCCUACCGGGCCUUCCCAUGACACAUGUGGGUAUUGUGGGGAUGAAUUCAACAACUUCCCACAACCAGACUGGGAUAGGCGAAUCGAUCAUUUGAUUAGUGUGCACAAAUUUGGAGAAUGCAACCAGGCCAAGAAAUUCUAUCGAGCAGAUCAUUUUAGACAGCAUCUGAAGCACAGUCAUGCGGGUGCGAGCGGAAAAUGGACAAACAUCUUGGAAAAUGCAUGUAUGAAGGAGGAAUCAUCAACGGAGGGUGGGCUUGCCAGCAUUGGAGAGCACGGUGGUCGGAACCCUGAAAAUCAGAUGGGGGAGACUGGAAAUAUGGAUAUCGAAAGUGGACCAACCCCUGGGACACGCAUGUCGCAUACGAUUGAUAAAAUAAUGGAAGAGCCAUAA